UUCAACUAGUCACGAUUAGUCGCUGGCAGAUGCAGAUCAGACGCUCUUCAGGGCGUAUAAUCGAGACUAGAACAGUAAACUCUACUCCUAAACAUGGCGAAUGACAAGGAUCCUUUCAAGCAGUUGAGAGAUCUUGCAACGCUGAAAGACCAGUUGGAGGACAUCCAGCAGCGCUUGGAGAAUGAAGUUCAAGUUGGCAUGCCUCAGGGAGGCACUUUUCUGUCCUCUCCCUUCCUGAAGGGCUUUGUCGCUGGCUACCUGAUAGCAAAGCUGCGUUCAUCUGCUGUCCUGGGUGUGGCUGUAGGGACUUGUACCGGCAUUUUUGCAGCACAAAACUACAAAGUGCCUAACAUUGAAAAAACCUUCAAAGAUUACUUCAGCUUCUUCAAGAAAGGAUCAAAAUGAAACGUUCCCUGAUUGUUCUAAACCUGAAAGUCAUUGAUGAUGGAUUGCUGACCAAGCCACACUAAGAGUCUCUCAUCCAUCAGUCAGGGUAUUGUUCUAGAAUAGAUGAUCUCCUUGCGAAUGCAGUGGCACUUUGUAUUUAUCGUUUGGUGUCAAUUUAAUUGGUGUGUGUCUGUGUGAUGAGAGUGAUGCGAUGGGACGUUCUUUCUGGACCCUCACUCAGAGUUUCUCAGGUUCCCUGGAGAGUUUUUUACUGCCUAUCCAGUUUGCUGUUCGGCCCCCACACAAAUGUCCUUUACCCUCUAUUAGUGUUGUCUGAACACACAAUGUUAAGUAUAAGCCUGUUCAAUCAUAUUAUGGUACUAUGCCUUCAGGGUUUGAAUGAAACCAAAUGUGUACUGGAAUAACUCAGUGUUCAUUCAAAUACGAGGCAACAAUGCCUAUUUUGCUAAAUCUGCUCUGACUAAAAUGGCCCUUGAUUCUUGUAGGUGCUAAGUAGCUGAAUUUACAGCUUUUAUUCCAGGAAUAUUUUAGACUCAUACCCCAAGAAAUAAAAUAAUAGUGUCUUUAGGUAUUGCUCUGAUCUCUCAUAAUGUGGUAUAACCAAUGUGGCUGGCUGCCAUUAUGCUUUUACAGUGCCAGCUGACCAGUGAUACAUUUAAAUAUUUAUUUUCUCUGUAGCCUGACCGACAUACAAGAUGGAUGACAUUAAUAUCUUGACUGCUGUGCAGUUUGCCUGGGACUCAAUGUAUAUCAUUGUCUAAAAAGCCUUUGAUAAAAAAUAUUAUGCAUGUAUUGUCUCUCAAGUACUUCAUGUUCUGGAUAAUAGGUUGAGCUGUUACAUUCAUCUACAUGAAAAUGCAAUGUAGUUCCUCUGUUGAAAUGUCAACUUUGUUUUGAGUUUAUUGCAUGUGGACGGACUUGCACUUUUUUUUUUACACGCAACCUGGAAACUGGAACCAUUACCUUUUCCAUUUGCAAAUAAAGCUCCUCUCCCAA